AUGGGGCUGUCCGUGUGGGCCAUCGCUGCUAUCGUGUGCAACUCUGCGGUGGGCGUCCUCAUCUUGAUCCUGUUUGUUAUUCUCUACAAAGCCUGCAAGGUGCCUUCAAAGCAGAAAGAGAAACAGGCUGUCCUGUCACUGGACGCUGACAGGAGGACAGUAGAACACAAGACCGACAACAGCAUCAAGCAGCUCAGUCUUCUUAUCCCCACUGUGACGCUGGGACUGUCCAUCUGUCACUCUGUUUGCUUUGCACAUGUGCAGACUGAUCCCUCUGCAGAGCACUUCACAUGUUGCAGAGGAGGAGCCACCGCCAACAUGAUGGAAGAAAUAGAUAGAUUUCAAGUGCCCAGCGUCGUGCAGGACGCGGAGAUGCAGGCGGAGAUGCAGCCGCUGGACCCAGCCUCAUCCACCACUUCAGAGGCAGAGUCAGACACCAGGGAGGGUGAACCUGUCUCCAUCAACUACAAGCCCUCUCCUUUGCAGAUGAAAAUAGAGAAACAGAGAGAACUUGGGAGAAAGGGUUCACUGAAAAACACAAACACUGUGGGGAGUCCAGUCAACCAGCAGCCCAAGAAGAACAACGUGAUGGCCCGGACACGGUUGGUUGUGCCAAAUAAAGGAUAUUCCUCUUUAGACCAGAGCCCAGAUGAGAAGCCUUUGGUGGCCUUAGAUACAGACAGUGAUGAUGACUUUGACAUGUCGAGAUACUCCUCAUCAGGAUACUCGUCUGCUGAACAAAUCAACCAAGAUCUGAACAUCCAGUUGCUCAAAGACGGUUACCGCCUCGAUGAAAUCCCUGAUGAUGAGGACUUAGACCUGAUCCCGCCCAAAUCUGUGAACCCCACGUGCAUGUGCUGCCAGGCCACCUCCUCCACCACCUGCCACAUACAGUAA